CACAGGCAGUGGGAGAGAGGGAAGAGAGAUGGAAGCGAGAGAGGUGUAGAGAGAGCGUAAGAGAGAGGUGGAAGAGAGAAAAUAAUCGAGGGAGAGAGAUCAAGAGAGAGGGUGGGGGAGUGCGAGGGAGCUCCGUGGAGCUCGCCUGCUCUGCGUGCGGUGCUGGGGGUUGCCUCCGCUCCGUUGUCUCCGCUUCGCUGUCUCUGCCGUCGCAAUGGACGCACGGUGGCUGGAGCGAGCCGCCUCGCUCUGCGGACUCUGCCCCAGCACCGCGGGCUGCCUGCAGCUGUGCCAGGCGCUGAACGCCUGCGACAUGGAAAUCGACCAGAGGCUGCUUGACUCGCUGCCUCCGAGCCAGCGGCAGCGGAUCGUCAAGCGGCUCCGCUCGGAGCAGCUCCGUGCCUACAACCAGCGAGAGAGGGACCAGCCGCAGCCUCAGCCUCAGCCGCCGCCGCCGCCACCGCAGCAGCAGUCUCACCAGGAGGUUCCGGCGCUGUCCACGCGAGUCCGUGCGGCAACCACCGCGCCAAAUGCCGCCGCGCUCACUUCGACUGCGGCUCUCCGACGGCACUCGGCGCAGGACGAUGCCGGCGGUGGUGGCGCGGUGCGAGGGGCGGCUGGAGGGCCGGGUGCGAUGGCGGCGGCCUCGGCGGCGGCUGCUGCGACAUCAAGGGGGAGGAGACACGCCGAGCGGUGGCGCUGCCGAGUGAGGUUCAGCGCCGGCGUCAUCGCGCGGGACGCCAUCGAGAGGAUGGAUGAUAAGGAAGUGUUCGCUCUGCUGGACCAAGGGCUGGACCCGAACGAGACGAGUCCUGUGGGAGACUCUUUCCUGCACCAGGCAGCGCGCCACGGGAACGAGGUGGCGGCGCUGGCGCUGCUGGGGAGGGGGGCGCGCGUGGAGGAGCGUGACGGCGAUGCGUGGACGCCGCUUCACGCGGCUGGCGCCGGGGACCAGCCCCACCUCGUCGGCCUCCUCCUGCACGCCGGGGCGGACCUCCUGGCCACCGACUGCGACGGGCGACUGGCGUGUGACCACACUCCACGUGGCUCCGAGAGCGACGCCAUCGUGCGAGCGUGGCAGAGCCACAGUGGGCUGGCGGAGUUGGCGCUGGAGGAGGCUCGUGGGCGCCGUGACGCCGCCACCCUGGCGGGCGCGCGGCUCCUCGUGUCGGAGGGCGCACGCAGCGUGGACCAGCAGGACGAGCGCGGGGUCACCGCGCUGCACACCGCCUGUGUGUUUGGCUGUGUGCCGGCGGUGCGGCUGCUGCUGGAGGCCGGCGCCGACCCGGACCGCCCGGACAGCACCGCCUGGGGGCCCCUGCACCUAGCAGCCAAAUACGGACAGGCCAGGGUGGUGCGGUUGCUGCUGAGGCACGGAGCCGACCCCACAGCUCUCAACUGCAACCAAAAUCAGCCAUCCGAGGUGGCAUCGUCGGACUUCGUCCGUGAGAUGCUGGUGCAGGGCCAGGAGGAGUGGCGGGAGAGGGGGGGGCGGCCGCGGGGAGCCGCGGUGGGCGGCACGGGGGUGGGGGAGGAGGAGCAGGAGGGGGGGGAGCAGGAGGGGGCGUACGAAGAGAUCCUACACGACGACUUUGUGCCGGCGAAGCGCCGGGACCCGUGGGGGCCCUCACCGAGCCGGCGUGAUGCCUGGAGGGAGCGCCGGGCCAUGUUCGGUGAGGGCCCAGGGCGCUCCGAGCCGGCGACGGUGGUGACGGCGGCGACGGUGCCGGAGGAGGCCGGAGAGGGCGGAGAGGCGGCCACCUGCAAUGGCAACUUCACCCUGAGACAGGUGCGUCUGACGCCCCCGUCCCCCAGCGACGAUGUGGCGACGCUGGAGGAGCUCACGGAGAGGAGCCUCCUCUACGAGCUGGAGAAGAGAUUCCAGCGGCAGCAGCUCUACACGUACAUCGGAGACAUCCUGCUGGUGCUCAACCCCUUCCGGGAGAUGUCCAUCUACUCCAAGAUGGUCUCCCAGCUCUACCUGAGCCACUCUGGCAAGCUGUGGGCGACGCUGCCCCCGCACGUGUUCGCCGUCGCCGAGCGAGCAUACCACGCCCUGCGCCGGGAGCGCCGCUCGCAGGGCUUCAUGCUUAGUGGGGAGAGCGGCUCGGGGAAGAGCGAGAGCUGCCGGCUGCUCAUCCAGCACCUCCUCCACCGCUCGCAGGCGCCCGCCAGUGGACUCGCCGACAAAAUCUCCCACGCCCACACGAUCCUGGAGGCGCUGGGAAACGCGCGGACGGUGCUCAACCCCAGUGCCAGUGCCUUCACCAAACAUGUGGAGCUGCAGUACAGUCAUGUGACCGGCUGUCUGCUGGGCGCCAGCGUGCGUGUCUACCUGCUGGAGACUUGGCGCCUGGGCUGGGCCCGAGGCUCUGGGUGGAGUUUGGCGGCAUUCCGGCUGCUGCUGGAGGGGCUCCCUGCAGAGCAGCGAGCGCGCUACUGCCUGCUGUCUCCCACCGCUCACCGGUUCCUGUCCCAGAACGUGGGGGGGCAGCAGGGGGAGGGGGGUGAGGGUGCGGCUGUGGUGGGCGGCACUGCCGAGGCCAGGCACAGGUUCCUGGCCUUCCAGGAGGCCCUGGCGGCCUUCGGGUUCACGGACGCCGAGACGGAGUGCGUGCUGGCGCUGCUGGCUGCCGUUCUGCACCUGGGCGAUGUCCCCAUCACCCUCUCCCCCUAUGAGGACGGCACCACCUGGGCUCACGUGCCCUCCACGUGGCAACUCCAGAUGGUCGGCGGUCUCCUGCAGGUGGAGCCCCAGGAGCUGGGGGCGGCGCUCGCAACGAGCAGCCGCAUCGUCAGAGGUGAGAUGGUGUGCCGCCGCGUGCUGGUGAGCGAGGCUGAGCGAGUGAGGGAUCUGCUCGCUCAGUCUCUCUAUUCGCGCCUCUUCUCUUACAUCGUCCACCUCGUCGACACACAGACGCGAGCGCAGCACACUGGCGAGCUGGUGCGAGGCAUCGCGGUGCUGGACUACCCUGGCCUGCACACGUCCGGCGGCGGUGGCACCACCACCAACACCUUUGAGCAGCUGUGCUCCACCUUACUGGUGGAGCGCCUGCAGUACCAUGCACACCGUGCCACCUUUGCCCUGGAGUGGAGCCAGUGCCAGGAGGAGGGCAUCGCCAUGGAGACGACCCCACCUCCACCGCCCAGCAACUGCCACGUCUUGCAGUUCUUCUUCCAGGCCCCCGGCGGAUUCCUCUCCCUAUUGGACGCCGAGUCGGAGGCUGCCGGCCAAUCGGACGAGGCGGAGGGUGGCCUGCCGCACAAGCUCCGCCUCCUGCUGCAGGCCACGCCCCUCAGAAACGCCAUUGCCGCGGCGACCCACGACGGCAACGGCAACACGCCGCCCGCCGGGGAUUGUGGGAUCUCGUUUGUGGUGCGCCACUUUGCUGGCAAGGUGACCUAUGACUUGAGCGGGGUCGUAACCCGCAACAGGCUGGAACUUCCACACCAAGUGACCUCACUCCUGAAAGUGAGCCCCAGCGUGCUGGUGAGCCGCCUGUUCCGCGCUCGCCUCUCCCUCACCGGCACCCUCGCGGACUGCGCUCUCUCCCGACACGCACCGGGGAGGUCUCACAGUGCACCGCCGAUGCUGCCCCCCGGUGGCGCAGCCGCCCUCGAUCCCGCCGGCGUCGCCGGUCUUCCGUCCGAACGCGACGAAGACGAGCUUGGCGAGGCUGCGUCUGAGCAGGUGUACUCGGGGUCCGUCCACUCAACCCCCACUCGCUGCACGCAGCUCACCUCCUCGGUGCGUGAGAUCCUGGGCCUGCUGCGUCCGUGCAGCCUGCACGUGGUGCUGUGUGUGCGUCCCAUCGCGGCGGCCCCCCAAGCCCCCCCCACGGCAGCGCCCCCCCCGGGCCCCCUCUUCCAGCCUGAUGUCGUCGCGCGGCAGUUGAGGACGCUGGGGGUGGUCGCCAUGGCGCGCGCUCGUCGCCACGGAUACGCGGCACGUGUCCCCAUCCCAGAGUUCCUGCAGAGGUAUGCCGAGCUGACGGCACUGGUGUGGAGUGCGCGGAGACCCGGGCAGCGAGACGCUGACGCGUGCCGGGCAGUGCUACAGGCGGCAAAGCUCCAGGGCUGGCAGGUGGGAGUUUCGCGCGUGCUGCUCAAGUACUGGCAGGGCGACCACCUCGCUGCACUCUGCCUGCAGCUGAGACGCAAGAUUGUCAUCUGCCAGCAGGCGGUGCGCCGGUUUGUGCGCUGGCGGCGCCGCUGCCGCACAAUGAGCGUGCACCGGCAGGAGGCGGUGGUGACACGCGAGUUUGUGACGGGCGUGGAGGACGCAUGCCUGCGUGUCUACGACUCGCUCGUCAUCCAGAACGCCUCGGACAUCGCACGUGAGAGCGACCGCCUGCGCUCCGAGACACACCGCGCCUACCUGCGGGACAAGCUUCAGCGGUGGCGCCGCGAGGAAGAGACUCGGCAGCGAGCGUCGUCUCCGCUCUCCCCCGCCAGAGAGCCGGUGCCCCCAUGGGGGCCCCUCCCCGACGACGCGGGGACUGUUGUCGCCCGGCAACCGUUGCCACGGCAACGUGCGGAGUUGGAUGGCGGCGAUGGCGAGGCGGGGACCGUGGUUGCACGGCAACCGUGUCCAUGGCAGCACGGGGACGAGGAGGAGGAGGCGAUGAUGAUGAUGAUGAUGCAAGGGUGUCAGAGGGAGGAGCGCGAGGCCACGCCCACCCCAGCAUCUCCGUUGCCAAGGCGACGGGCGGAGGAGAGAGGUGGGUCCCCGUUACCACGGCGACGGGCGGAGGAGGGCGGCGGGUCCCCAUCACCAAGAAGACAAGCCCCUCCCCCCAAGCCCAAGAGGGAUCCCGGCACCAGGCUCAGCCAAUCGACGGAGGCCGUGAGCGGAGGCUCCGCCCCCGAGGAGCCAGCCAGGAGCCCUGCUGAGAACGGCGCAGGAUCGGGGAAGCCGCGGCCGCACAGCGACGAGUUCUGCUCCGUCAAGAAGCAGCCGCCGCCCAAGCCUAAGCGGCACCCGGAGACGCGGCUCAGCAGCUCCCAUGAGGACAUGCGCCGGCGCGCCGGAAGCGCCGGUGCCGAGAUGGAGCGGGCGCGCUCUACCUCCUCUGCUGCCGCCGCUGUGCCUGCGCGCGACUCCCAGCUGCUCCUCCACCAGCAGCACCGGCAGCAGCAGCAGUCUCACAAGCAUCCCCAUCAUCAUCAGCAGCAGAAUCACCGUCAGCUAGCUGCCGCUGUGGCAAGUUACCCGUCGGUAACGGCGCUGAGAGAUCAAAAAUCCAGUCGCUCGUCCCCUCCGAUUCCGUGUAGCACCAGCGGCCGUCGCUUUGUGGAACCGGAGCAGGUGGCCCGGCACAGCGACAGUGCCGGUGACGGUGAGGAGGAUGAGGAGCCGGUGUACGCCGAAAUGCUGUGCGUCGCCGCGCCGACGGACGGGGACGGCAAGGGCGGCGCCAUCGCCCUCGUCGAUGGCGCCUGCGACGACGAUGACAACGACGAUGAAGAGGGAGAUGGAAUCUACGAGGAGAUGCGGUUCGUGGCGCCAGACGACGGGCCGACGCCGGCGCUGGCGCCGGCGGAGGCCAGCGCAAUCCCGGCGCCAUUUCCGGACCUGCCCCCAUACCGCCCGCCCCUGCUCGUGUUCCCGCCGGCGCCGACGCGCUGCUCGCCCAACUCGGAUGAGUCCCCGCUCACGCCCAUAGAGGUGACGCGGCUCCUGCAGCUUGAGAGCACGGGCAAGGGGCGAGCCGAGCAGCAGCAGCGGGGGAGGGAGCACAGGACUAAACACCACCACCACCACAACCACCACCAGAAGCACCACAACAACCACAGGCAACAGCAGCAGCAGAGUCAGGCGGCGGUGGCGAACGCCGCAGGUGAGAAUGCGCCGCCGCAACUUUACCGCACGCAGUCGGCGCACGGCAAGAUUGGGCACAUGGACGGCAGGGGUGGUGGCGGUAGCGGUUUUGGUGGCGGUGCGCCCGCUGCUCAGCAUCCGCCCGGCGCUCAGCAGCCGCCCGCCAAGGGCGCCGGCUUUGCGGCGACGGCGGGGCAGGCAGCGCUCGCGUGGCAUGGCUACCCCACGAUGCCGCGACUCCGCUCGGCGGAGAGAGGCGGGGAGGUGCCGGGGUCGCCGGGCCGGCAGCUCGUGAGGCCCGGCAGCCCCGCCGCACACGCAGACCCUCGAGGCGGCGUGCGCCGUCUCGGCAAGUCAUCGUCACUCCCGGUGAUGGAGCCGCCGAUGCGGCCGCCACCACAGCAGCCACGGCCAGGCCCAACGGAGAGCCGCUCACCCUCACCAGCACCGGUGGGCCCAGGAGGCUGGAGACUGGGCAGCCCUUCGUGACCUCCGUGACCACCACCACCACCAUCCAUGACCCCCUUGAGUGGAUGCUGUGGGUGGGCUGUGGACCCACCCCCGCCCCCCACCUCCCGUCUCCACACCCCCCCCGCCACCCCUGUUCUUCAGCUCCUGCAGGAGCCGUGAAUGCUUCGAGAGGCAGAACUCACGAGUCUCAGCUUUAGAGACUGCAGCUGCUGCUGUGGCCUCUGACUCUCACAACCACCGCCAUUGCAGCCGCCAUUCGCCACUAAGUGACGGCGACGUCACCACGGCGCCUGUGCCAGGCCUGAGAUCACCGGUAGAUGCACCAGCUGCACCAGCUGUACCGCCUACUUGCCGCAAAAAUCAACAAUCACCACCACAACCACCGCGACCAACAGCAAACACACUGCCUGGAGCCCACUCUCGGCAAUGCUACGGUAACGACUACCGUCGCCUGUACCGUGCGUCACCACUACUUGCUACUCCUGCAGCCGCUGCUGCCGUGACCGCCACUCCACCUACUGCAAGCAGGAGCCGCCGUGCGUCUCCUCCUGGCGGCGUUGGCGGGUUUGGGGGAUUCUUCACCGGGUUCACUCUCAAAACUCUUGCAGCAGCGACAGCCGGCAAUUAAGUUGCGAACAAUGAACGGACAAGCGAGUGAUCCUCACGCUCGACCACAACAACAACUGCACCGGAACUGAGUGAGCCCCGCGCCAGAGGGCAGAGCUUGCGGCGCCCGUUCACUGCAUCAGUGCUCGCAUACCGUUCACAGCCUUGCAGAGCCGGUGGUGGGAAUUACACUUUUCUGUGGCCGAGGGCAACAACCUCCAUUGAUCUUCCCCACAACGUGGCGCCCUGCAUUGUCCACACACUCUCCCACGUGUCCUGCUUUGCCCACACACUCCCACGUGCCCUGCCUUACCCACACACACUCCCACGUGCCCUGCCUUACCCACACACUACCACGUGCUCUGCUUUGUCCACACACACUCCCACGUGCCCUGCGUUGCCCACACACUCCCACGUACCCUGCCUUGCCCACACACACUCCCACAUUUCCUGCCUUGCCCACACACACUCCCACGUGCCCUGCCUUGCCCACACACUCCACAUUCCCUGCCUUGCCCACACACUCCCACAUGCCCUGCCUUGCCCACACACACUCCCACGUAUCACACCUUGCCCACAUACUCCCACGUACCCUGCCUUGCCCACACACACUCCUAUGUGCCCUGCAUUGUCCACACACACUCCCACGUGCCCUGCGUUGCCCACACACUCCUGGGGGGCACCGUUGCUCAGGGAUAGCGGCGCUCGUCCCGUGGCAGUCUCGACAGUGUGGUUUCUUUUGCAGAGCUGGAAUUCGGUAAAAGCUAAAGUGAGAGACCAGAUUUAAUUUUGAGUUUCUUGCGUGUUGUGCCGUCAUUGGUGACCAUACCAUCAACUCACUUACACUGUGAAUAUGUACGUUAAUAAGCGAGUCUGAGUCUCUAUGUGAGUCUAUGGGUUUCCUUGUGAGUUUAUGGGUCUCUUUGUAAGUCUUUGGUUCUCUGUGUGAGUCUAUGGCUCUCUGUGUGAGUCGAUGGUCUCCUUGUGAGUAUAUGGGUGUGUGUGAGUCAAUGCGAGUCCCAGACCCCGGUGUGGAACCUAGGCUCUCGGCCAUGCCGACUCCGCGUUAUUAUUAAACUAUUAACUAUAAACUAUUUCUAUUUUACCAGGUAAGGCCCACUAAACUAUGUAGCUCUUUUUCAGAAGCGACCUGGCGAUCAAAAAUCAUCGCCAAACGAAGUAGCUUAUCAUCAUUGUGUGGAAUUUUACAACAGCUGAAUACAAAAUAUGGAGGGAAAACUGGAGGACCCGUAGAAAAAUGCACGCAACCACGUGGAGAGAGACACACAAACUCCAAAUUUCCAGCAGGCAUUAGGAUCGGGAUCGAAUCCAUGACCUCCUGCAUACCAGACUAGGAAGUCGGCAUCUCCUUGCCACUGCGGCACAUCUGCCUUGGGAGCCACGGCUCAGCCGCGCCCACCGGCUAUGCUGCCGGACGCCAUGAACCUUCCGCUUCCUCGUGAACACUCAUCGUGCGUGUACGACUCGUGAACGCUCAUCGCGCGUGUACGACUCUUGGAACCCCCCCCUUAUUGCUGGAAUUCUCAAACCCCCGGGAAGAGCAUUUGGACGCGAGCGGCCGGGAGUCUCUGGGGGUAGGUGGAGAGUCGGGCCGGCGCGUGUAAUCCUCCGGCGCUGCUGUGUGGAACCUUACUGAAGGAGACCGCACAGGUCUCGUGAUAAUAAAACUAGGCCCACCGAUGA